GGUACAGUUGGUGUUGGCGUUGGCGUUGGUACCGGCCGGCGGGAGCUGGCCGAUUUAGAGGCGCAACGAGCAGAGGCGGCCGCCGUGACUCACAUGAAUUCGCGUCUCGUCAAUCCGCGACGAAGUCACGACACGAAAUGGUUUUCAGGCGACGCAUGGAAAGCCAAUCACAAGCGGGAGUCGAACCCGGUGAUGAGACAAAGUCAAAUUCACUUCUUCUUCACGAACUACUGGCAACGCUGA